ACGCCAUCUUCGGCGGCAUGGUAGACGAUUUGAUUUGCAAAAUUGAUAAUACCAGAUUGCACUUUUUUUUUACGUUCUAGUGAUUGAUUGCUGGAUCGUUUACACGAUAAGGACUAAAAUCUGGACUGUAGCUGAGUCAGUAGCAAAUAAUUUUUAUCAACCACCAUGAUGACAUCGAUGGCCACAAAAUGGCGAUGUCUGCUUUCCAUGCAACAGAAAUCCAUGACACAGAUGAAGAAAUGUUUAUCUACAUGUACAGCUGUCAAGAGUCACAAUAUGCAACUGACUGCACCGCAUCACCCAUCUAAACAUAGGCUGUUUUUUGCAAGAGGCUUCCAAACCACAAGUUUCUGUCUUAAUGAAGAGACCAACACCGGGUCAUCACAUACUCGUGCCAGUGGAUAUGUGUCUACAGUAAGGAAAAGUUUUCCCAGUCUUGAAGAGCUUGUGUUUCACAUGUUAAGCCAAGGGGAUGGAACCAUCUCUGUCAGUACAUUCUUCGAUGCUCUUCAAAGUAAAGGCUUGACUUUGAAUGACCCAAGACUAAAGGAAUCGAUGGAUAAAUUCCGUACAAAACAUCUUCCUCAGUUUCCAGAGAGAAUAGGAGAUAAGCACCUCACUGCUGAUCAAUUCAAGGAGUGCAUACAAGACAAUAUUGUCUUAAUUGGCCGUGCCCUUCAGAACAAAUUAAUCAUCCCAGACUUUCCAGAGUUUGCUGCUACUAUUCAAGAAACAUUUUUAGAAGCAAAGAAUAAUGAAUCUGGAGAGAUUGCAGAUUACAUCCCUCAGUUGGCUCGUCAGGACCCCAAUUCCUGGGGAGUGAGUAUCUGUACCGUCGAUGGUCAGCGCUGCUCCUUUGGAGACACUACAGACCCAUUCUCUUUUCAAUCAAGCAGUAAGGCACCUGCUUACGCCCUUGCCUCUACUCUCAUGGGAUCUGAUUUUGUCCACAGACACAUCGGAUUCGAACCCAGCGGACAGUCCUUCAAUGCCUUGUUCCUCAAUAAUAACAAUAUGCCUCAUAAUCCCAUGUUGAACUCUGGUGCCAUAGUGACUGCUGCCCUCAUCAAGCCUGAACUAACUGCAGCUGAUAGAUUUGAUUUCAUCAUGUCAAAGUUUAGAGAAGCAGCUGGGGGAGAGAUGGUUGGCUUCAGCAAUGCCACGUUUCUUUCAGAGAAGAAGACAGGAUUCAGGAACUUUGCUUUGGCCUAUCUUCUCCAGGACUACAACUGUUUCCCUGCUGGAGCUGAUCCAGUAGAUACACUUGACCUUUACUUCCAGAUCUGUUCAUUGGAAGUGAAUUGUGAGUCAGCUUCCGUCAUCGCAGCUACCCUUGCCAAUGGUGGGAUCUGUCCUCUGACUGGCAAGAAAGUGUUUGAAUCCGUUGCUGUUAGAGACACACUCAGCCUCAUGCUAUCUUGUGGAAUGUAUGAUUUCUCAGGACAGUUUGCUUUCCAGGUUGGGAUGCCAGCUAAAUCAGGUGUAUCUGGUGGAGUGAUGCUGGUAGUACCUAAUAUCAUGGGUAUAAUGAUGUGGUCUCCUCUGCUUGAUAGCUAUGGUAACAGCACCAGAGGUAUUCAGUUCUGUCAGGAUCUGGUGACACACUUUAACUUCCACAACUAUGAUAACUUGAGACAUCAUUCAGCAAAGAAGAUUGACCCUGUUACGCAAAGAACACACAGUCAGGCAACAAGGAUCAUGAAGUUAUUGUUUGGUGCUUAUAAUGGUGAUGCUAGUGCUUUGAGGCAGUACUUCCUCCAAGGUAUGGACAUGUCUGAGAGUGACUAUGAUAGUAGGACAGCUCUCCAUCUUGCAGCUGCAGAAGGUCAUCUAGAAUGUGUGGAGUUCUUACUUGAGAAGUGCAGUGUAAGUCUUGAUGUACUAGACAGAUGGGGCCACACCCCUAUAGAUGAUGCAAGACUCUUUGGACAUACCGAUGUUGUUGAGAUGCUAGAGAAUUUUAAAUCAAGAAGACAGGAACAACCAUGAGAAAUUAGGUUCAGUCAAUCAUUCUCAUGUGUAAUCAGGAAGAGCAGCUGUAUCUUAUGUAUUGAUAUGUUGGGCAAGAGAUGAUCUUAUCUUCAAUCCUGUUCUUCCAUGCUGAUUGGUUGUUUCUCUGGUUAGGCUUGAGACAAUCACUCCAUUGGGCGUAGAGAGGACUGGUUAAUCCUAUUCUUCCAUACUGAUUAGUUAUUACUCUGGUUGGGUUUGGAGCAACCACUCCAUUGGACGUAGAGAGGUCUGGUAUCGGUUGGGUUUUGUCGGGUUUAGGGAGUAUUUAGAAGGAGAGGUUUGAAAUGUCACAAAAUUCAUUGAAACCUUGUUCACAGUCAGUAUACGUAAUGAACAACCAAGAAAGCAUGUGAUGGUUUUGAGCAUUAACCAAGUUAUGUUUAUUAAUCUAUCUAGGACUUGGCUCUUAGUGAGUAUUUUGCACCCAUUUUCUUCAUCCUUCAAUCCAUGACAAUAAUGGGUAAUUCAUACACUGAAAGAAGAUAGGCGAUAUUUCUUGGGCGAUUAUACCUCCCUUCAACGUCCUGUGUGUAAUCUAUCAAAUGCCUGCUUUAAGACAAUGUCUUUGUAUAAAGUGAAUAUUUUGAAAGUUGAGGUUAUUAAUUAUGUUUGGUAUAGCAAUUAUGUGUUCUUGCAGACAAAAUACACUGCAUGUAGCUUUGUACAAUUCGCUGCUGAGAUCUUUGGAGGGAAAAUAUGUUCAAUAACUCUGUAUCUUGCAACGUGAAACUCUUUUUAUUUGUUUUAAUGUCAUAUCUUGAGGUAGUG